UAUAUUGUAUUAAAAGUAAUUGUUAAAUUUUACUAAUAUUAAUAAAUCAAUUAUAUGCUAAAAUGAAAAUAAUUACAUUAGUUUUCAGUUUAAUUGCAUUAUCAUAUGUUCAAACUGAUGAUGUUGACGAACUAAAUAGAAAAAUUGAAAUAUAUCAAGGUGUUAAAUCUUUUGUUUGUAAAGAAGAUUUUAUUGGCGGAGAGUUAAUAAAAAAAUGUUUUUAUUUAUUAAGUCAAUUAAAAAAUGAAGGAAACGCUAAAAACAUUUGCAAACAAUUGGAUCCAAAGGCCGCACUCUUAACCAUAAACUCUAAAGAAGAGCAACAGUUUAUAUCUUCAGCUUUGGUUUCAAAUCCUAAUAUUAAAGACAACGUUUGGUUGGGUCUCGAGUAUGGAUGGGCUAACCUAACACACGACACUCCUCAACAUUUAAGAUGGCGUUGGGAUAAUAGUGUUGACAGUCCGUACUUCAAUUGGUGUCCGGGACCUAACUGUGCUUUUGAUGACGAAGACGCCCGCAAUUGGGGUGACUGCGCCCGUAUGUCUGUACAAAAUAUCUCAUUGGGUUUGUGGUACAGUCAUCCCUGUGAGGCCAACCUCAAUGUUGUGUGUGAAUUGAGCUCAAAAAAAUAAUUGUUAUUAAUACAAUAUCCAAUUAUUUGUAAUAUACUGUAUAAUAAUUUAGUAUUAUUUAAU